AUGAUCAAGGUCGGCGACAAGAUGCCCGAGGGCGUGUUCCAGUACUUCACGGACGCCGGGGAGAAGUCCGAGAUGACGGUCGAGCAGCUCACGAAGGGCAAGAAGGUCGUUCUCGUGGGCAUCCCGGGCGCCUUCACGCCUACCUGCCAGAACAAGCACAUCAACGCCUUCAUUGACCGCGAGGCGGACAUCAAGGCCAAGGGCGUGGACACCAUCGCGUGCAUGGCCGUCAACGACGCCUUCGUGAUGAACGAGUUCAGCAAGGCCACCGGGGCCACGGGCAAGGUGCUGAUGCUCGCGGACGGCGCCGCGACGUACGCGAAGAAGAUGGGGACCGAGGUGGACCUGAGCGACUUCGGCAUGGGCGUGCGCACCCGCCGGUUCGUCAUGGUGAUCGAGGACGGGGAGGUCAAGGGUAUGAACAUUGAGACGGGCGGGGAGCUGACCUGCACGACCAAGGACGACGCCAUGGCCCUGCUCUAA